GGGAACUUUUUUUUGAGCGCAGCUGCUCCCGGUUCAGGUCGUCUUGCUGCGAUGGAGAACUUCAGACACUUCGUCGUGUCUCUGUCCGCCGCCCUCUUCUUCGGGGUCGCGUCCAUAGUGUUCGUGGCGGUGUGGGUGAGUCACUACGGAGAAGGGGUCGCCUGGGACGGAGGACCGGCGGAGUUCAACUGGCAUCCGGUCUUGGUAGUCAGCGGUUUUAUUUUCCUCCAGGGUUUAGCCAUCGUUGUCUACAGAAUCCCCUGGACUUGGAAGUUCAGCAAACUGACGAUGAAGUUCAUUCACGCCGGCUUGCACCUACUCGCCUUCAUCUUCGCUGUCAUCGCUAUGGUGGCCGUUUUUGAUUUCCACAAUGCUGCCCAAAUCCCCAACAUGUACAGCUUGCACAGCUGGUUGGGCCUGGUAGCUUUGACACUGUUCUGUCUGCAGCUUGUUCUUGGAGUUGGCAUCUACUUGAUACCAGUUACACCUGCAUCCUGGCGAGCAGCGGUUAUGCCCCUACAUGUCUUCUCUGGCCUUUUACUCUUUGGCAGUGUAAUAGCUGUAUCACUCAUGGGCAUCACCGAGAAACUCAUUUUUGGCCUGAGUAAUCCGAAGUACAAGGACUCUCCCCCACAAGCUACUUUUGUGAAUGUUCUGGGGGUCCUCUUGGUGGUUUUUGGAGCUCUUGUCCUCUGGAUUGCCACUCGAACUGCUUGGAAACGCCCCAGUGACCAGGUCCUGCAUACUCUGCAUACCGAAGGGGAAGGGGUCGAAAACAGCAAAGUGAGUCCAGCCAUGGCUGAGCUAUCUCGUGGAGCUGACGGGGAGCCGUGUGGGGAUGUCAGGAAGAGGAGCGGCAAUCACUGAUUACAUCAGGACAGGCUCAGAGUCAAGUAAUCUACAUUAGUCAGAGGAGGUAAACGUUUGGUAAACUACUUAUGCUGAUUAUUCUUUAUACAACUUUAUCAUGUACUGCUUGGAGUAUGUGUUUGAUUUUGUUUGUAUUAUUUUUCUGUGAAAUAUACAGUAGGCACAUGCAAAUAUUUCUGAAUUACUUCAUAAUAUGAUUAAUAUAAUGUGACAAUUCUCUUUAUUGACAUACAAUGCAAAUAUUUAGAAUGUUUUGUAUUGUAUCUAGAUUUUUGCACAGCAACUAUAUUUUACAAUGAUAUUUGCUAGCCCAGACACGUCGGGCCGAGUCUGUUUCCGAAUUGGGUUGAAUAUAUUCAUGUCACAGAAACAGUUGAAAGACAGUCAAGAUUACGUUUUUAGGUGAUAGAAAAGUUAAGCGAAAAUCAGCCAAGCCAAAUAAAGAAAGUUGUAUACUCAUUUUA